CCGGCUCAUUCCGGCUCGAUUUCCCGUCAGAUUCGCAAUAUAGCUUUAUCGCUGUCCGCUGCCCCAGACAAGGGUGGUAUCCGAAAGAAAGAUGGUAGACAGGGACCCACCUACUUGGAAGUUCACACAAUGCUUCGGUGAUAAGGGUGAUGUGGAAGAUAUCACAGAAGCGGAUAUCAUUUCAACCGUCGAAUUCGACCAUACCGGUAACUAUCUGGCUACGGGAGACAAGGGUGGGAGAGUGGUCUUGUUUGAGAGAAACGAAACGAAAAAAACCUGCGAGUAUAAAUUCCACACCGAAUUCCAGUCGCACGAGCCAGAAUUCGACUACUUAAAAUCGUUAGAGAUCGAAGAGAAGAUCAACAAGAUUAAGUGGUGUAGAAGGCAAAAUUCAUCCCACUUCCUACUAUCGACGAACGACAAGACUAUUAAGCUAUGGAAGGUGUUCGAUAAGUCACUCAAGGUCGUUGCAGAGAACAACUUAUCCAAUGAGCUCACACCUGCCGGUGCUGUCGGUGGCGGAGGAGUGCCCCGAGCCCCUCGUUUAUCGUUCAAGGACCCCUCAGCGUUGAAGCUCCCACGGAUGACACACCAUGAUACUGUCGUGGCGGCUGUUCCUCGAAGGACCUACGCCAACGCUCAUGCAUACCACAUUAACAGCAUCUCCGUCAACAGCGAUGGCGAGACCUUCAUAAGCAGCGAUGAUCUUCGGGUGAAUUUGUGGAACCUCAACAUUCAAGACCAGAGCUUCAACAUUGUCGAUAUCAAACCAGCAAAUAUGGAAGAGCUCACAGAGGUCAUCACGGCAGCCGAAUUCCAUCCGACCAGCUGCAACUGGUUUAUGUACGCUAGCUCCAAGGGAACGAUCAAGCUUGCCGACAUGCGACAGCGGGCACUGUGCGAUGAGCACUCCAAACUCUUCGAGCAAGAAGAAGAUGCCUCUUCUCGCUCAUUCUUUUCCGAAAUCAUCUCGUCUAUCUCUGACGUACGCUUCUCGAACGACGGCCGGUACAUUGUCUCGCGAGACUACCUAACUGUUAAGAUCUGGGAUGUAAACAUGGAAAAACAGCCGGUCAAGACAAUCCCCAUUCACGAGCACCUACGGCCACGUUUGUGCGACACAUACGAGAACGAUAGUAUCUUUGAUAAGUUCGAGGUGGUCUUCUCGGGCGAUGCUGAGAAUGUCAUGACCGGAAGCUACAACAACAACUUCAUGAUCUACCCCACCGACCCCGCCAAGGAGACGGAGAUAGUGCUGCAGGCAGACAAGUCUGCCUUUAAGGCGAAGAAGGUCGGCGUGCCGACCCCGAUGAACAAGGGGGCCAAUGGGAAGAAGAACGGUUCCAGGGCGGGCAGUCCUGCUGGUCCAGGCAGUCGGAUGAAGAAGGAAACCGAUGCCGAUCAGAUCGACUUCAACAAGAAGAUAUUGCACAUGAGCUGGCAUCCGUACGAAGACAGCAUUGCAAUUGCCGCCACCAACAACCUCUUUGUCUUCUCCGCGCUGUAGAUUACCGAGUGCUUCAUAAUCACAGUUGACCACCGAGGGUCGUAUCCGAGACAUAGAGAAACGAGAUUUCUAGCAGCAGUCGCAGCCGCAGAUUCCAAAAUUCAAAUUACCCGUUCAAGUUCUGAUACGUUUGUGUUUUGUUUUUUGUCUUCCUUGGAGUUUGAUGGUGCGGUUUCUUGGCCCUAUUCCUUCCUUAUUUUCCCCAAACUCUCCCCCUCCCUUCCUCUCUACACGUGUAUCCCGAGACAAUUUUGUCGUUCUCCUCUUGGUUUAGCCCGGUGGGUUGAUUAUGAUAUUUUGAGGCGUUGUUGGUGGGUAGUCGGAUAGAGAAGAUACCGAGCCUUCGGAGGACUAUCUUUUCCCUUUUCCCUGCCGGACACCUGCUCACUGAAUCUUGUUU